AUGACAUCAAAAAUAGAUGAAUUGAAUAAAAAACUACAGAAUAGCUCUAUGGCUAAUAAUGAAGGAUUAGCAUCAAGAUCAUCAUUAAAACCACCUAGUAAUGCUUCACUUCGACCUCCACCAUCAGCGUCCGGAUCAAAUAGAGGAUUAUUCCCUUUACUUAAUUCAGCUCAACGUGCAUCUUCAGCAUCAGAAACAAGAAAGAAAGUUCAUUUGAAACCAGGUCAUUCACCAUUAGAUUGGGCCAGGAUAAAUCGUACAGAACCCCAAUAUAAAUUACGUGGAGUAGCUCCAAAUACUCCACCACCUCAAUAUGUUCGUAUAAAUAAAGAAGAAUUGAAAAAACAUAAAAGUAUUGAUGAUUGUUGGACUUGUAUAAAUGGGAAAGUUUUUAAUAUUACUCCAUAUGUUGAUUUUCAUCCUGGUGGAGUUGAUGAAAUUAUGAAAUGUGCUGGGAAAGAUGGUACCAGUUUAUUUAAUAAAUAUCAUAGUUGGGUAAAUGCUGAUAGGAUGUUGGAAAAUUGUAUAGUUGGUAUAUAUUCUAAAGAAUAA